GAAUUAUGAAGGGUAAGAGUUGGUCACUCUUUUAGUAAGUUAAAAAUAGAUAUCUAAACAGCUAAAAUUCUGGUCUUUGCAACGAGAAGGAAGACAUCUCGAGGAUUUGAAAAUGGAGAACAUCUGGGGAAUAAAGAGUGGCAAAUGCGGAUGCCUAGAAAUGAAAAAUGAAUGAAGGUCCACAAAAGGGAAAAAACCCUCUAAGAAGAAGUCAACAUGCAGAGGAACUGGACCGGUAUGUUUUGAAGUCUCUUCUGGAGAAGCCCUUUCAAAGCUCAAAUCUCAAUUGCCACGACCAGCACCUUCUUGAAUCCAUAGCAGGUUCUCUUCUCUACCUCCAGAGGUUAUGCUCCUUUAAGUUACAUCUGGCAUCCAGGUGACAACGGAGAAAUUCUUCAGGGCUCUCCUCGCCAACUAUCAACUUUGAAAGAUUCAUUAGAUUACCAACAAAUAAUAUGGAAGAAAACCCAGAUGAAAGUGAGACUUCUAUAACAAUAAGUAACAGCCACCUUUUGGAAGAAGUGAAAAAAAAAUGCAAGCUUUCAGCCAGACGUAGCGCAAAAGAUUGUGAGAAGCCAUUCAGAAGAAGCUUCAGGAUAGACUAUAGGUUAGAGGAAUCUGUAACUAAGUCACAAAAAGGAAAGGAUGGAAGAUACAUCAAUCCUUGGCCAACAUGGAAAUAUCCAUCUCUUUCAGAUGUUUUGAAAUGGAUGAUACUGGAAAAAGAUAACAGCAAAAUUCCACGUUGUAAAGAGGAACUGGACAAAGAACUUCCACUGGUUUGUCCAUAUUUUGUUGAAAAUCCUGAACAAGCUGGAAUGAAGAAAGGUGGUUUACGAGUCACAUGGCUUGGACAUGCAACAGUUUUGGUGGAAAUGGAUGACAUAACAUUUCUUACAGACCCUAUUUUUAGUAUGCGGGCUUCGCUGUCACAGUUCGUUGGUCCAAAACGCUUUCGCAAUCCACCAUGCACAAUAGGGCAGCUGCCCAAAAUAGAUGCAGUUAUUAUCAGUCAUACGCACUACGACCACUUGGACUAUAAUACUGUACUUAGUUUAAAUGAGCGUUUUGGCGGUGAUCUGAGGUGGUUUGUACCUAUGGGUCUCUUAGAGUGGAUGCAGAAUUGUGGAUGUGAGAAUGUGAUUGAACUGGACUGGUGGGAAGAAAACUGUAUUCCUGAACAUGAUGAUAUCACCUUUGUCUUUACACCUUCCCAGCACUGGUGUAAAAGAACUCCAAUAGAUGACAAUAAAGUUUUGUGGGGCAGCUGGUCUGUCUUGGGGCCCUGGAAUAGAUUUUUCUUUGCAGGAGACACUGGUUAUUGUAGUGUUUUUGAAGAGAUAGGAAAACGAUUUGGACCUUUUGAUCUUGCAGCUAUUCCUAUUGGAGCUUAUGAACCAAGAUGGUUUAUGAAACACCAGCAUGUAGACCCUGAAGAAGCGGUAAGGAUUCACAUCGAUGUUCAGUCAAAGAAUUCGUUAGCAAUUCACUGGGGAACCUUUGCUUUAGCAAAUGAGUAUUAUCUGGAUCCUCCACUGAAACUGAAUGAAUCUUUAGCGAGGUAUGGAAUUAACAAGCAAGAUUUCUUCACUUUGAAGCACGGAGAAUCAAAACAAAUAAAUUUUGAAGAUGAAAAUCUUGAAUAAAUGUGGAUGAUAAAGACUGGAAAUAAAUAUGAAUAUCAGAGGGCUUAAAAAAAAUCUUGCAGGAUUUGAAAUAGUAAAACAAAUUUAAAAUCGAGAGGGUGAUUUUCCUUUAAAUCGCAUUUACUUUAUAUUAAUUUGUGUUUUACUCCAAGUUUGCAUUUUACUUUAUGUAUAAUAAUUUGCACAGUCUAGCUAAUUUAUACAUUGAAAUAUUAGAGGGAUAAAUUAGAUAAUGUAUGAAAUUUAAAUGUUAUCUGUCUAAAGUGAGAACAAUGCAAUGGAAGCUUUUUUUUUUUUUUUUAAACUAAAGAGAAAUCAUUCAUAAGUUGGGUUCCAUUUCUAGAAACUGUAAAAAGGUUCAAUUCUGGCUUCAGGUUCUUUCUUUAUAUAAGGUGAUUCAAAAUUCAUUGUAUACCUAUAUAUUUUUAAGCGCCCAGAUAGAUAAUAUAACUCCUCUAACCCGAGUAGUACUUUUGUUAUUAAAGUCAAGAGAUAUCUCCAGCUAUGCUUUGCUUUUUUUUUUUUUUUUUUUUUUUUUUUUUUUUUUUUUAGCAUAAAUGUAUGGGGAUUUGAGUUCUGCUCCACUUUUUGAAAGGUAUUAGUUUUUUUAAAUUCAAAUUCCAUUUGAAUUGGGGAGGAAGAAGGUAUAGAAUAAGGGAAAGAGAAAAAUGAGAAGGAAUUAUCUAUGAGAACUUUAUUUCUAAAAAUCAGAUCCUUAAAAUUAAGCAUAAAUAUAUAUGACCAGCUACAUGGAAAUUGAUGUUUUUACAGAAUUUAUAUUCCGUUCUUGGUAACAUGUAUUAAUAGACUAAAAUUUGAUCCCGUCCAUUCAACAGUUUCUCUUAAAAAAAAAAAAAAUUCCUGAAUAUCCUUGGCAAAAUUCUCCUUUUCACUAAUCCUUCCUAACAAUAUCAAUAAAUUGAAUUUUAAAAAUUAAUUUAAUGAGUACCUUUUGUUGAUGAAAUUUGAUUUUUUCAUUAUAAGCAGAAUUCUAUAUUAUAUAUAUUCCACUAUCCUGUGCUGCAGUUUUAUCUAAAUAAGUUUUCUGCAUGUUACGUUAUUAGAAUUGUGUAUUUUAUGCCAAAUGUUUGAUACUUUGCAUGUAUGUAUAGAAGCACUGACUUGAUUGAAAAGCACUGAAUGACUGAAUUCUGGCACUGUUUGGCCAUACCACUGAUUUUUUGUUUUUUUUAAGUAACUUCAGAUAAGCCACUUAUACCUUCCUGUGCCUCGGUUUCCCUCUGUAAUAUGUAGAUAAAACUUGUUACCUGUUUUGCAGGCAUAUUGAGAGGAAUAAAUUAAGUGAUAUUAAAAGUAUUUGGAAAACAUAAAAGUAAAAAUUAUUAUUUAAGGUGUUUGGAUGUCUAAGCAAUAGGCCCAUUAAAACAGAUCACUUCUGAAAUAUACCUUGCUAUCCACAUCAGGGAAUGAAAAAUUGAGGAUGACAACUCAUCCUUGUUGCAUAUUUGGAGAAUAACAAUGUCCUUGUAAUUGUUGGUUAUGCUUUAUUUAAAAAACAAAAAACAAAACCAAAAACUUUUGCUCACAAAGGUGCAAAUUGAAAAAAGUUUUGUGUAAUAUUUUGACACUAACAGGACAAAAUUAUCAUACAGUAAAUCAAUUUUCUAGAAACAAAUAUACAAGUAUGAAUAUCUUUAUUACAAAGGAAAUUGUAUAGGAAAAUGGGAACUAGAAAAUGGUAAUCUUAAAACAGUAGUGCUGACCCCAUCUACAAACUCCAAGAAUAGUAGACCCCUAGUAGAAGCCAAUAUCUUGUUGGACACUUUCCUGUUGGACACUGAAAACUUUAGUUUUUCAAACUAAAAAUUUGAAAAUCACAAAUAGUCUGUCUAGCAUUUGAAUUUAGAUUUUGCUUGAAAUAUUUCUAUUCAAUGAGUUGCCUUAACAUUAUUUUUAUAUUUAUAGUAGCACUUUUUAAAAGUUCUCCAAGCACUUUAGAACAUUCUUAUUUACUCUCUUAAUAACUCAUUUUUAUUCAGACUUUCUUAGGAAAUUUUGGUUACUGUGUUUUAAUUUUUCUCAUUUUUAAGACUUUCUGGAUAGUCUUCUUUGUAAUCAAAACAUUGAGGAUUCUAAUCCUGACUGUAUAAUUUAACUUUAUUAAACUUCCUAAAGAAUUAUCAACUUUAUCUCUAACUCUUAACAUUUCUUUUCUAUUGUAAUAUUUGUCUUUUACUGUCCAAGUUCAGGGAAAGCUUGCAUAUAGUGUUCAAUGAUGAACGUUUUCAAAUUUGGAAAAGUGUAAAGGGUGAAUGACAAUAAAUCGGAUAUUCUCCCUUUAUUUGGAAUAAAGGGACAUACAUACCCUUUUUGGGUUCAGUCCAAUAUCUACUUUCAGACUUAACUAUCCUAAAGUGAAGUCAUAACAUACUUUGAUUUGGUAAAAAUGUUUGCUAGCAUUUUUUAUUUUCAUUUCCUCCCCCAAAGUAAAAUCUCCCUUUCUCCUUGGGCAUUCUCUCGUCUUCCUCAAUAUUGUUGGUUGUAAUAAUUGAGGGGAAAUCCUAAUUUAAAAAUCAUAGUAUUAUUCAAGAUAUGCCACAUAUGUGUUAAACAUAGCCAAAUAAACUUAUCUUGCUGUAUUAUCAUGCUAUGUAGUACAUCUUUGGAGAGUAAACUCUGCUACCUGUUUCCUAUUUGUAUACUUGGACAAUGGCCCAAUAUGAAGAAAAUACCCAGAAUUGAAACAAUCAGUAGUUCCAAUGAAUGGGUUUGGCUGAGACAGGGAGAAAAUGAAUGAAAUGGACUCAUGCAAACUGUUGAUAAAGCACAUUAAAAACAAGUGCCAGUUAAACUGAGUGCACAUAUUGCUUGUAUGUUUUCAUUAAUUAUGGAACAUUCAAGAAAGUAGUUUUAAGAUACUGUAUAGAAAUGUGCCUUUAAAACAAAAGGGAUGUAAUACAUGAAAUUGCAUUACUAUGUACAAAACUAACUGCUGGCCAGAACGUGUACAUUACUAUUCUCUCCCAUCAGGAAGUCUAUUUUUUACCUUAUAUGAUACUUUUCUAUUGUAAAUAUAGUUAUUUUUAAAGUUUUGAUUUGUGUCAACUUGCUUGAAUAAUUCACAUUUUUCUCUAAUCAUGGAUUCUUGAUUGUCUAGAUGAAGCACUUAUAUCUGUAAUUAAAAAAUAAAUUUGAAGGUUUCUUUGGGCAGAGUAAGCACUAGAGAAAAUAAAAACAUAUUGUUUUCUGAUUUGCUAAGCAUAAUCUUGGAUUAUGACUAGUAAUACUAUAAACCCAGCUAAAUAGAUCUGUAUCUAUGUUAUUACAAUAGCUUGUGAAAAUAAACUUCUUAAUACAAA